AUGUUCGUAUCUUUAGCCGAGAACACUGCCAAUUCAACUAAGCCACCCCUUGAUUCUCUUGACACCAACGAUGAAGAUUUCAAAUACUUUGACCCAGGUAUUGGGUAUUUGGUUGUCACCAACCAUGGCCAUGGACGCGACGAUUCGGCCAAUGUUCUUACCGCAUUGAAGAAAUGCAACAACGGUGGAAAGGUUGUCUUUGAUGCCGGCAAGACAUAUACGAUUGGAAAGGCACUUGACAUGACUUUCUUGAAGCAUGUGGAUCUCGAAAUCCAAGGCCAUGUCCAAUUUAGCAAUGACACGGACUAUUGGCAGGCAAAUGCAUUCAGCCAGGUCUACCAAAACGCCACAACGUUCUUCCAGAUCGGUGGUGAGGAUGUCAAUCUCUAUGGCGACGGUACCCUAGACGGCAACGGUCAGGUCUGGUAUGACUUGUAUGCAGAGGAUGCCCUCAUUCUGCGGCCCAUUCUGGUGGGUAUAAUUGGGCUAAAUGGAGGUACCAUUGGGCCUCUCAACCUUCGUUAUUCGCCUCAGUGGUAUCACUUCGUGGCAAACUCAUCCAACGUCCUCUUUGACGGACUUGACAUCAGUGGGUUCAGCAGCAGUGCGCAUGAGGCUAAGAACACUGAUGGAUGGGACCUCUAUCGUUCGACAAAUAUUGUUAUCCAGAACUCGGUGAUCAACAAUGGAGAUGAUUGUGUCUCGUUCAAGCCCAAUGUUACCGACAUUCUUGUCCAGAACCUUCAUUGCAACGGUUCCCACGGUAUUUCCGUUGGCUCUCUGGGCCAAUAUCCAGGCGAGGUCGAUAUUGUGCAGAAUGUGCUCGUGUACAAUAUUUCCAUGUUCAACGCAUCGGAUGGUGCGCGUAUCAAGGUCUGGCCUGGGGCUUCCGCUGCUCUCUCUACCGACCUACAGGGCGGCGGCGGGUCCGGCCUGGUAAAGAACAUUACCUACGACGGCAUGACCAUUGACAAUGUCGACUAUGCCAUCGAAGUGACCCAGUGCUAUGGCCAGAAGAAUUUGACUCUCUGCAACGAGUUCCCCAGCAACCUUGUUAUCGAAGAUGUUCUCUUCAAGAAUUUCAACGGUGUCACCUCCGGUAAACGCGACCCUUAUGUGGGAAUGAUUGUCUGCUCAAGUCCCAAUGUUUGCUCAAAUAUCAACGCCAGUAACAUUGACGUUGUUAGCCCCGAUGGGGAUGACCAGUUCACUUGCACAAAUGUUGAUAACAGCUUGCUGGAUGUGAAAUGUGCUUCAUCUAGCUAG